AAGGCCGGAGGAAGAUGGCGGCGGGGGCGAGGUGAGGCGCUGGCAGUGGAAAGGGAUUCGGGCGCGGGGGACCGGGGCACGCGGAGCGAUGGCUCGCGCCGCCCGCAGGGGUAGAUAAGGAGCCGCGGCCCCGUGGGUGUGGGAGGGAGGGAGGGAGGGGAGGACGGACGGGCGCCCGGAGAGUAUGACGGGGCUGUACGAGCUGGUGUGGCGGGUGCUGCACGCUCUGCUCUGCCUGCACCGCACGCUCACCUACUGGCUCCGCGUUCGGUUCGGCACCUGGAACUGGAUCUGGCGGCGCUGCUGCCGCGCCGCCUCCGCCGCGGUCCUAGCGCCGCUUGGCUUCACGCUCCGCAAGCCCCCGGCCGCGGGCAGGAACCGCCGGCCGCACCGGCACCCGCGCGGCCCCCACCCUCGGCUGCGCUGGCGCGCGGACGGCCGGUCCCUGGAGAAGCUGCCGGUGCACAUGGGCCUGGUGAUCACCGAGGAGGAGCCGGAGACCAGCUUCUCGGACAUCGCGAGCCUCGUGGUGUGGUGUAUGGCCGUGGGCAUCUCCUACAUCAGCGUCUACGACCACCAAGGUAUUUUCAAAAGAAAUAAUUCCAGAUUGAUGGAUGAAAUUUUAAAACAACAGCAGGAACUUCUGGGCUUAGAUUGUUCCAAAUACUCAACAGAGUUUGCAAAUAGUAAUGACAAAGAUGAUCAAGUUUUAAAUUGCCAAGUGGCAGUGAAGGUCCUGUCCCCAGAAGAUGGAAAAGCAGAUAUUGUACGAGCUGCUCAGGAAUUUUGCCAGUUAGUAGCCCAGCAGCAAAGUAAAUCCACAGAUUUGGAUGUGCAUAUGUUAGACAGUUUACUUAGUUCAAAUGGUUUUCCUGAUCCUGAUGUAGUACUGAAGUUUGGGCCUGUGGAGAGCACUUUAGGCUACCUUCCCUGGCACAUCAGAUUGACUGAGAUUAUCUCCUUGCCUUCCCACCUAAACAUCAGAUAUGAGGACUUUUUCUCUGCCCUUCGUCAGUAUGCAGCGUGUGAACAGCGUCUGGGAAAGUAGUGAUCCCUGCCUGCAUAAUUUGAUUUCAGGCUUUUGGAGAAAAGGACCUAAGUGAUUCUGAUGUUUACAAAGCAACUAUGAAACCCUGUACACACCUAGUUUAUAACCCUCAUAAUUUAUCAACAAACACAAAAAAGUGUCUUACUUGAGAGUAAGUAAGUGUGAGUGUGUGUGCGUGUGUGUGCGUGUGUGUGUGUAUGGAUGGAAAUAAACUUAUAAAUGGGAAGUGUUAGAGAAGGAAAUACAUGGACUUGCACCUCUGAGCAAGCAGCAGUAAUGUUAUAGGAGCUGAAAUUUCAGUUUUAAAGCCUUCAGCCCCAACUACUUCCCUGUUUUUGUAGGGACGUGAGUGGAUGUUUAGAGCUGUUAGAUUAUUAUUUUGGAGGGAGGGGGGAUUUUUUUUUUUUUCAGUCUUUCCUGAUGACCAAACCUUAAUUUUUAAGAAUAAUAUAUUGACUUAUUAAAUGGAAGCAUUGUGAGUUUGAGGGAUUUCCAGAGGAAUGGAGAUCUUUAUUGCUCACGUGUUAAAAACUUGCUCACCAUUGAAGCCCAAGGAAUACCUGUUUUCAGAUACCCGUCCUUUUUCAUCUCAUCGUUAUUGUCAAACAAUGUGACUGGAGAGUGUUGAUCCACUGUCUUCGUUCUGGGAUAUGAAGAUCACUUGAAAAGAACUCUUACAACAUUGAAAUGAAGAAUUUAAAGAAUUUUAAAAAUUUAAGUAUUAGGCAAUCCAGAAAAGGUGAAGAAGUUGGAAUCUGAAAAACAAAGGUGGAAAGUUUCCUAAUGGAUUUUUGUUGUUUGAUGGAUAGUGUGCUACAUAGUAUCCAAAGUUAUGUUAAAAAAAUAUUUCCACUAACUGUUUGUUUAAAAUAAGCAUUUGAGAGAAUAUAAGGCAGCUCUUUUCCUCAAAAGUAACCUGUUCCUCUUUGGAAUCACACAUUUAGGACCAUGUUAGUACCCAGGGUUUUUGCUCAGUAAAUCCUGGUGGUGACUUUCUGUCAAAGACCUUUAAGUGAGAUUGAGGGCUGUGUAGGUAAUAAAACAUUACCAAAGGCUACAAAAGUAAAUUAAUUCUACAUAUUCUCUUUCAUGACAGAGAACAGCACUGGUUCUGUUAUCUUUUUUAAAUAAAUAAAUGAUUUUUGAUAGGUAUUUAAUAUUUCUUUCCUCACUGCUGAUCCUUGAACAGAAACCAUUCUUUAUAUUUGAUGGACAGUUUUCAGAAAAAUCUUAACAACUGUAUAAUAAUUAUCUAAAAUUGUACAUUUAGAAUGGAGAAAUUUAAAUAGUAGGUCUCAAAAGUCUGAAAAAUAACAGAGAAGACUGUAUUUGGAAAGCAAGAUCUGGAAUUGCUUGUCAAAUUCUGAAGGUAUGAAGAAUAAAUGUUUCAACUUUGGAUUACAAAACCCCAUUUAUGAUUAAAAAUAUACUUGAAAUAAAAUUAUUAAACUAAAUUUUGGUUUAGUGAUAUUGCUUUGCACUUCAUUGUUCUUUUAACAUUGUAAGACUUUUUUUUUAAAGUCAGUUUAUUGCUGAAAGUUUUAUGUGAAGCUACAGCAUAUCUCUGAACUUGACCAGAGAAUUUUUUAUUUCUGUUCCCCUGUACAGUGAUUCGUGUUCUAGUGAGGAUUUUUUUUUUUUGCCUUAGUUUAAGACUGAAUUUACGGUUUUUAUAAACAUGUGUCUGGAAUAUGUAUAGCUUUAAUGAAUUAAAUGUAAUGGGCCCAAUUGAAAUGAAAAGAUAUAAUAUUUGUUAAAACGAUGUUAGUCAAAUAAAUUACCCACUGGGAUAUAGCCAAAGUUGCUAAAGGUUUAAUAGUUGUCUUUUACUUUAUUUUCUUCCAUUUUGUAGCAGUAUAGUGCUACACACCAGAGUGAAUCUAUAACCUGUGACUUAAGUUUAUUAUAGUCCUAGGAAGAGACCCUGAAAACAAGUUGCUAAGGAUUCUGAGUUCAGAUAUAGGCAUUCCAUAUCUUUCUCCUCAUGGGUUCAACUACUAGUACAAUCUCCACAACUUGAAUGGCAUUGGUCAUUCUGUAAUUCCUGCCAAAAUUAUCACUAGUUAACGCAUUAUCCGGGCUCCCUUGCACUCCCAAGAAGAACUGAUAAUUUUAAAGGAAAGUGUUGUUUUGUCUUUAUGUUUAUUGAAGGAUAUUGUUUAAAUAUCUUUUAAAUACUUUAUUGACACUCCCCAUAAUGGAAAAAUUUAUCAAAUUAAACCCACAUUCUAGAUGGCAGCUUGGAGCAUAGCAAGAAGUCAGGGGUUGAAAACUAGUCCCAAUCUGGUUUGAUUUUGUUUUUUAAAAAUGAUUACUGUUACAAAGUUUGAAAGCUGGUUUUGAUGCUAAUAGCAAAUUGUGUAUAUUGUGACUAAGGCAUAAUAGCCUGUCUUAAGAGAGGGAGGUGUUGUUAAUAAACAGUGCCAAAUACACUGUGCAUAUCUACAAAUUAAUCUUUGAAUGUAUGUUACUUGAUAGCUCCCUCCUCCUGUGUGAUGGUUCCAUGCCUAGUAAGAUCCUUGUGAUGUUUUGUAUGGCUGUAGACUUUGGUGACAUGUAAAUAAUGUGCAAAGCAAGUUUUUAUGAUUAAGGAAUCAAAUUUAUUGAAUUUUAUGAUUGAAAGUUGAAACUUAACAUGUAUGAACAAAACAAUAAAAGAAUAUACUCUUUUCAUGGACUA